AACUGGCAUUUUUAUGCCUGGCGAAAUACCAAAACCCAGUUUACAUUGCGAUGUUAAGAACAUGCGGCGUAGAGAAUUCGUGGACUAUUAAUUUAUAAACCCGACCGACUCAAAACUUCGCCCCGUACCGAAAUGUCGACGGCGUCGAGAAAGUCGUUCCACCACCGCAUAGAAAGCGUGCAGAACAGUGAGAGAAGGAGUCGAGCUGGUUCCAGUGCCAGGCAAAUAGCCGUCAGCCAUGACGAUGCCUAUACCUACGCCUUACGGGUCGCCUACCUACAUUACCUCCUCCAACCCAAGACCAAACGAAAACAAUGGGUUCCCGCACCGAAGCAGCCCGCUCGAACCCAUACGUCCAACAUAGGUGACUUGGUUAAGGAAUUCGUUCCGGGGAAUUCGAGCAAUGUCAAACUUCCUCACAACUUUCGGCAGCAGUUAGAAAAGAGAAUGGAACGUGUCGUCGUGGGUGCUGAAAAGAUGCCUGGUUACAACGAUGCCGCUGUCAAGAAGACCUUUGCGCAGGUAUAUACUGCUUUUACCGAGCAAGGUUUUCGGAAGAAUGUCGAUAAGGAGCGAAAAGUUGAACCGCUAGUGUUAAUAUUCUAUUCGAAUGCUACCAAAGCCUGUGCUAUGGGUCAUGAGAAGGGCGACGAUUCCUGGAAGCUUCUUGUCGAUAGGCAUGUCGCACUUUUUGUCAGACUGAUAUCCGACGUACUACGCGAAAAGGGGCACGAACGCGAUAAAGCAGAGCUCAUGAGCAGAUUAAACACUCUUGAGAACAAGCUGCUAACAAACGACCAGAACCUUUUCAUAGAUACAGGUCAGAACGCUGGUAAUACGAUUGAGGUAAUAGUACCACUUACCUACGAUGUUAAGGACAUGCCUAUGGUCCAAGCUGUCGCUAGAGUUUUCGGACUUUCCCAUUCUGAUGUCCAGGAUCACAUUGAUGCCCAGCGGGCAAAUUGGAUCGAGGAAGCUGCUUUGAAAGAUCUAAAGUCAUACCAACAUCGACUAAAUUCCAAUAUGAGUGGUGCUCUUGGAAGCCGAGAUUUCGAUGUCGAUGAGGCUUAUCAAGAGUGGAAAAAAGCUGAGGCACCUUUUCUCUCACAAAUGAUGAUGGAAAUCCUAACCGCGAAGCCGGAGCUAGCUAGGAGAUCUACGACUUUCAGCGGGCUUUCCGAUAAACCACUUCCAUCAAGUCCGUCUUCAGCAUAUCCAGAAGACCUAGGUAGGACAUUGUCCAACCCGUCUAGGUCAUCCAUAUAUGGUAUGGAUAACAUACUGAACUUGGGAUCUAUGUCGCUCGACGAGACUAGCACUAUUAGAGCUGUCGAUGAGUCAACUUACACAUUCAUUCCACCAGAACCCCGCGAGUUCUUCAAGAUCAUUGCGCAAUAUGCUCUUGAAUUUGAUGCUAUGCACGGCGAGGAGGGUGAUCAAUCUAGUUUGUUCUCGAAGCAGUCAAUGGAGCUACUUACAGAACUGUGUGUCCGCUGGAGAAUUCCCCAGUUUACUCGUCUAGUCGUUUUCCUGGAGGUAGCAGCUCGCAGAUUCACAGAUACACUCUUUACCGUAAUUGAUCUGGAUAAUGCCUUUGACCUCGUGAAGAUACCACCGCCAGAAGCUAAGAAGCCACCUCAUAUUUAUCUCUACGGCGAAUCUCUCGCAACUAUAGAUACAAGCAAGUGGACCAUGGCGGAUUUUACUAUUCAUCAGCAAACCCUUCGUUCUGUGCAUGAUGCGCUCCUACGCGAUCUUUACGAUACUAUGAUGCACUGCUACGAACCAAAACCACCAUCAGCCGGACCAGCAAUACACGUACUUAAUAAUCAUAUCCUUAACGAUCCAAGUUUUUCGCGAAACGAAGAGGAAGUGCAAGGUUAUACUCGUCUCCUCGAGUCGGGCUUGCAGGGUCGAGCCGCAGACUCUUAUCGCGGAUUUCUAGACGCCAAUAUCCCAGAGAGUCAGCAAGACUGGGAUUUCGGCCAUGUAGUUCAACUCGGCAAGGCGGUUGUAACCCUAUGUGAGAGGAUUCAAAAGCGUUACAAGAAAAAUCCUGAAAUUAUGGGUGUCAACCCCUUGACCGUACUUGUAGGAACAAUGUUCCCUAAUUUUGAGGACGAUGCUCAAGAUCUAAUAAGGAGGAUCAUGCAAGUUGCCCAGGAUCGAGGAGAGGAGUUAGCGCUUCAAGAUGGGUUUGACUUAUAUAAAGAACUCGUGGAAAUACGACGUAUUCAUCGAUCAUCUCUUCCUGGUCGACCUUUCACAUUCGACAUUGAGGAAUUACUCGUCGACUUCCCCUGGCGUUGGAUCCAGAAUACCGAAGCUCGAGCGGAGGACUUUGUUGCGGAAGCCAUCAAACAAGAUCAAUUCCAAGUACGAGGCCAUGGUCCAGGCCAUAUUUCGUUGGAUUCGGAACGUCACAGUCAUUCGAUCAUUGAUAUGUUCCAACUUUUCAACCAAACUUCGGAACAAAUUUUCCAACUCGAAUGGGAUAAUGAUGUUCACCACGCUCGAUUCAUGACCGCAUUGUCGAAAAUAUACGCGAACAGCAUUGCCCAGUACUGUGAAAUCGUGGACCAACGAUUUGUGAGGGAGAUGGACACCCCAAGGCCCAACGAAAAAGAAGCGACGGCAGCAGCCCAAACAACUCAAGGGAGGUUCAUGCAAUAUGCUAAGGAUGCUUGGAAUACGAAGGAGAAGAUUGAACCAUUUCAAUUUUACCCAGAGUCUUUGGUAAAACUUAACAAUAUUGAAUGGGCCAUGCAGGAGCUCGACAAGCUUGAGAAGUCCAUGAAUGUGGAUGCUUGUGCUGAUAUCCUUGAGAAAGCUGAUGGGCCUAAGAGGCAGGUGAGACGCCCGGCUAAGUACGUCUUUACUAUCAAGAUAGUCGAAGCCGAAGAACUCAAGGCAUGUGAUCCGAACGGAACUAGUGACCCCUAUGUAGUUCUUGUGGACGAAUAUCAAAAGCGUCUGCACAAGACGCGAAUUGUUAUGAGGAAUCUCAAUCCUCGAUGGGAUGAAUCUGUUGAUGUUACUGUUUCGGGGCCACUAAACAUUGUAGCUACGAUUUGGGAUUACGAUACUUUCGGCGAUCACGAUUUCGUCGGAAGGACUUCAUUAAAGCUUGACCCAAUACAUUUCAGUGAUUAUCUACCCAGGGAGUUCUGGCUAGAUCUUGAUACCCAAGGAAGGAUCCUCCUACGAAUAAGUAUGGAAGGGGAGCGAGAUGAUAUUCAAUUUUACUUUGGUAAAGCAUUUAGGCAUCUAAAGAGGACGGAGCGUGAUAUGGUCCGCAAGAUCACAGAUAAGCUUACACGGCAUAUCAACGCAUCGCUUUCCUACGAGGCCCUCAAAACACUUCUUGGUCGCAACCUAGCUUCGCAAGUUAACUCGUUCUUCAAACGAUCCUCUACACUCCCACAACUCACGGAGGCCGAAAUUGAAAACGCAUUACAACCUCUCUUCGCAUACUUCAACGAAAAUUUUGCCACAAUGAAAGAGACGUUGACAGACGCAACCAUGGUUGCAGUCAUGACACGUCUGUGGAAAGAAGUACUUAUGGCCAUCGAGAACCUUCUCGUACCACCACUAUCCGACAAGCCGUCUAAUCAACGGCCACUCAACCAGCGCGAGCUGGACGUCGUCUACAAAUGGCUACAAUUACUCUUCGACUUCUUCAACGCGCGAGACGAGGACGGAGAAGUCCUCGGUGUCCCCGCCGAAAUCCUUAGAUCGCCUAAGUAUCACGAGCUCGCCUCGCUCAACUUCUUCUACUUCGAUAGCACUGAAAACCUAGUUCGCACCUCAGAACGCAUGGCUGCCGCCACCGCGCAGCGGCAACAGCAGCAGCUCCAGGGCCAAAUGAACUCGAACCGCCUCUCCGCGCCUGCAACGCUGGGUACGUCGCUCGCUCCUUCCCAUGCGGGCCCCGCGUUUGCGAGUAUGGGAACGAUACGCAGAGGCAAGAGUAUCAUGAUGAGCCGCAAUCUAGGUACCAUGCGCCGCGCUAAAGAGGAGAAACGGAAGGAGGCUCAGGCUGAUCCCUCCGAUGAUAUGAUCCUUCGCAUUCUGCGCAUGCGACCCGAGGCUGCGGGAUACCUCAAAGAGAGACACCGCCAAAAAGAGCGCAUGGCGGCUGCUGCCGCUGCCGCAAUGAUCGUCAAGCAGAGUGUUACACAAGGUUGGAACUCUGCUGGUGGUGGCUUCGGCCGGGGCGGCGUCCCGCGCCGCUAAUUGGUCCCAUGCCCCGUGAAAUAGAAAGAGGUAGAUAUCGAGUCGAGAAAGAAGUUGUGCGAGGUUUAAGAGAUCGGGUUCUAGGGACUUCGGCAAUGCGACAGACAGACGAUGGAAUACAUUAAUGAAGUAGAUUGAAAGAGAGUGUCGAAGAGCUUUGCUAGCUAUUGGCUCCUACAGCGUGUCCAGUAGCUUGUUUUUUACAUUUGAUUUUAUCACAUAUUAAGAGUUUAGCUUGCCAGCGGGUGUGUGUGGUGGUUUGUGUCUACGUGGGCAUGAAAGGCGUUUUUAUCAGGGCAGCAAGU